CCGGCCCGGCCCCCCCGCGGGCCGUGCUGGCGGGGGCGGCGCUGACAUCACGUCGUUAGCAUAGGGCGGCCCGUGGCGGCGGCGAUGGCCGAGCGGGGCUGCCCGCCCGCCGCCGCCAUGAGGCGGCCCUAGAGCCGGCCGGGGAUGAAGCGGGACUCGACCUGCAUGGAAGAUGAGCGGGUGGAUCAGCGAACCUGCCUGAUCUGCGGGGACAGGGCGACGGGGCUGCACUAUGGGAUCAUCUCCUGCGAGGGCUGCAAGGGCUUCUUCAAGCGGAGCAUCUGCAACAAGCGGGUCUACAGAUGCAGCCGGGACAAGAACUGCGUCAUGUCACGCAAGCAGCGCAACAGGUGCCAGUACUGCCGGCUGCUCAAAUGCCUCCAGAUGGGAAUGAACCGCAAAGCAAUCAGAGAGGAUGGCAUGCCAGGAGGCAGAAAUAAAAGCAUUGGACCUGUCCAGAUAUCAGAGGAAGAGAUUGAGAGAAUUAUGUCUGGGCAAGAAUUUGAGGGAGAGGCAAACAUGUCAUGGAGCAACAACGGAGACAGUGAUCACAGUUCCCCUGGAAAUGGAGUUUCUGAGAGCAACCAGCCUUCACCUGUUUCUACGCCAUCUUCAAGUAGGUCCGUGGAGCUGAACGGGUUCGCCGCACUCAGGGAUCAGUACAUCGGCACGCCGGUGUCCACGCACUAUCAGUACCUCCCGCACCUUUUUAGCUACUCCGCUCACUCGGCCCUGGUGCCCCCCCAGACGCGCAGCCUGGACCCCCAGUCGCACAGUCUGAUCAACCAGCUGGUGUCGGCGGAGGACCUGGAGCCGCUGGGGACGCCGAUGCUCAUCGAGGACGGGUAUAAAGUGACUCAGGCAGAGCUGUUUGCGUUGCUGUGUCGCCUGGCAGAUGAAUUGCUUUUCAGGCAGAUUGCUUGGAUCAAGAAGCUGCCGUUCUUCUGCGAACUCUCCAUCAAGGACUAUACCUGCCUGCUCAGCUCUACGUGGCAGGAGCUGAUCCUUCUCUCCUCCCUGACUGUUUACAGCAAACAGAUCUUUGGUGACCUGGCAGAUGUCACCUCCAAGUACUCUCCCUCUGAUGACGAGCUGCACAGAUUCAGUGAAGAGGGGAUGGAGGUGAUGGAGCGCUUGAUCUACCUCUUUCGCAAAUUUAACCAGCUGAAGGUCAGCAACGAGGAGUACGCGUGUAUGAAAGCCAUCAACUUCCUCAAUCAGGACAUCAGGGGGCUGACCAAUGCAUCCCAACUGGAGCAGCUGAAUAAGCGGUACUGGUAUGUUUGCCAGGACUUCACGGAGUACAAAUACCCACACCAGCCAAACCGCUUCCCGGACCUAAUGAUGUGUUUGCCAGAGAUCAGAUACAUUGCAGGAAAAAUGGUGAAUGUCCCCCUGGAGCAGCUGCCUCUCCUUUUUAAGGCCGUUCUACAUUCCUGCAAGACGAGCGUGAGCAAAGAGUGAGCCCAGCUGGCCCCGGCCGGUGCCUUACGCUGUGAGCUGGCUCGCCCCGGGAGAGGGGCAAAGGCCAUCCAGGCAGGAGAAGGGGCAGGGGCGGCCCUGCCCUUGUAGCAAGAAUCUUUUUUGUUUGUUUUUGUUUUUUUA